AUGCCUUCCUUCAAUCUCAAUGUGUUGAUGACCCUUGUGCUUGGCUUGCUUAGCCUUAGCAGUUUGAGUGAAGCUAAAUACCUCUGCCACAUCUGUUCUAACACAACAAGUUUCACUCCCAACAGCACCUACGAAUUCAAUCUUAAACUCCUCCUCUCUUCUCUCACCUCCAACGCCACCCGUGAACUCGGUUUCUACAACACCACUGCCGGCUCCCAAGAUCCCAACGCUGCAGUUUACGGUUCCUUUCUAUGCCGUGCUGAUCUCACAUCCGAUGCAUGCCAAGAUUGUGUAGCCACCGCAGCCAGAGAAACGGUCAAAGAGUACUGCCCCUUAAGAAAAGUCACUAUAAUUUGGUACGAUGAUUGCAUGUUACGCUACUCAAACGUGUCUUUUUUCGGCAAUAUGGAUGAAGCCCCAAGCUUUUAUUUGCGGAACGAGGGAAAUAUUACUCAUCCAAACCGGUUUUUUGACGUACUGAUGGAAACAAUGGCUGGCUUGAAGCCUAAGGCAGCAAAUGAGGCCUCCGGAGCUAAAAAGUUUGCGGCAAAAGAAGCAAACUUUACAGCGUUUCAGAAGUUGUACAGCCUUGUGCAAUGCACGCCGGACCUGUCAAGCCCCGACUGUGAUCUGUGUCUUGAAGCAGCUAUUGUAAUUCUUCCGCAUUGUUGUUACGAGAAGCAAGGAGGAACAGUUUUGUAUUCUAGUUGUAAUAUUAGAUAUGAAAUUUAUCCAUUUUAUACAUUUGUUACUGCCCCUCCUCCGCCACUGCUUCUUCCUCCUCCUCCUCCACCUCCAGCUUCAGUUACAAGGUCUCAAGGAAAUGAUGACCAAAUCUCAGCUUUGAUCAUAGUGGCCAUUGUGGUUCCAAUUGCCAUAUUGCUCUUCUUGGUAGGCUGCUGUUUCUUAAGAAGAAGAGCAAGGAAAAAGUACAACGUUAUACAACAACAAAAAGUGGGGAGCGAAAUUAAUAGCGUGGAGUCAUUGCAGUUUGAUUUGCGUACAAUUGAAGCAGCCACAGACAAUUUCUCUGAUCAGAACAGAUUAGGGGAAGGUGGCUUUGGUAAGGUUUAUAAGGGUACACUUCCUGAUGGGCAACAAAUAGCUGUGAAGAGGUUAUCUAGAGGCUCCGGGCAAGGUGCCCAAGAGUUUAAAAAUGAGGUGGUUUUGGUAGCUAAGCUUCAGCACAGAAAUUUAGUAAGGCUAUUGGGAUUUUGCGCUGAAGGAGAAGAAAAGAUACUUGUUUACGAACUUUUGGAGAACAAAAGCCUUGACCACUUUCUAUUCGGGUCUGAGAACCAAGUAAAAUUGUAUUGGUCAAGCAGAUACAAGAUUAUUGGAGGGAUUGCUCGAGGGCUUCUCUAUCUCCAUCACGAUUCUCAGCUUAAAAUCAUACAUCGCGAUCUUAAAGCAAGCAACAUAUUGUUAGAUGGGGAGAUGAACCCAAAAAUUGCAGAUUUUGGCAUGGCAAGAAUAGUUGGAGUUGACCAAACUCAAGGGAGCACAAGAAGGAUUGUGGGGACAUAUGGUUACAUGUCUCCAGAAUAUGCAAUGCACGGACAGUUCUCUAUGAAGUCCGACGUGUACAGUCUCGGUGUCCUGAUCUUAGAGAUUGUUAUUGGCAAGAAGAACACUAGUUUCUAUAACUCAGACCGUGGCGAAGACCUCUUGAGCUAUGCUUGGAGACUCUGGAGGAACGGGACAUCCUUAGAAUUAUUGGAUCCAAAUCUAAGACAUUCUUAUGCAAAAGCUGAAGCAACUAGAUGUGUCCAUAUCGGGUUACUCUGUGUUCAGGAAAAUCCAAAGAAGAGACCCACAAUGCAAUCCAUAGUUCUCAUGCUAAGCAGUUACUCUGUUACUAUGGCAUUACCUCAAAAGCCAGCAUUUUUCGUGCAUAGUAGAACAGAGCUGAACAUGCCAUCAUUAACCACUGAAUCAUCUGAUCCAACUACUAGCAACUCGUUGCCAUUUUCUGUUAACGAAGCAUCAAUUACUAAAUUAUACCCGCGUUAG